AACUGCGGGAGCGCCGCGCCGCCCACAGCCCCGCCGGGCAGCAGCGCCGGGCAGCAGCGGGCGGCAGCGCGGGCAGCACCGGACAGCGCCGGCAGCCCCCGCCGCCGGCAGCACCGGACAGCGCCGGGCAGGCUCCCCUCUCAGCGACAGCCACCGCUGGGCAUCUCGGCGGAGAGAUGAACCCCGCCGUCGGCAUCGCUGUCAUCCUGACAGUCCUCCAGGCUGCCCACUGCCAGAUGAUCAAGGACCUGAGUGCCUGCCUGCUGGGCCAGAGCCUCCGGGUGGACUGCCGUUAUGAGAACAAAACCAGCAACCCCCUGACCUACGAGUUCAGCAUCACCAAGGACAACAGGAAGCAUGUCAUCCACAGCACCAUCAGUGUCUCCGAGAACGUCUACCGGAGCCGAGCCAACGUCACCAUGCACAAGAACCUGGUGUGCCUCUACCUGCAGAGCUUCACCACCAGUGAUGAGGGUGUCUACAUGUGCGAGCUGAGGGCCACCAAUGACUACACUAUCAACCAGAUAAAGAAUAUCACUGUCAUCAAAGACAAACUGGAGAAAUGCGCCGGCUUCAGCCUCUUGAUCCAGAACACUUCGUGGCUCCUGCUGCUUCUCCUUUCCCUGCCUCUCCUGCAAGCCGUGGACUUCGUGUCCCUGUGAAAGGAAAAGUGCGCACGCACACACGCACGCACACACGCACGCACACACCGAGUACCCCAGCAAACCCACCUCCCCCACCAGAACGCAGCCCUUGGAAAGAGAAGCUGAACCAUUUGGAACAAGUGAACUCUCUCUGUGUUAUCUCUAUAUAGCCGUAUACCUAAUGCUAACCACCGUCCUGUGCCAAGACCUGACAUCACACGCACACAUGCCCUGCUCCAAAGCAUGGUGGCGCCGCUAGGCAGUGUUGCUUCUCCCAUCGCACCUCCCCGCUCAGUAGGCUGGCUGGUUUGCUCAUGCUGGAGCCUCAGCCCCGCACAGCCUGCUUCUCCCAUCCCUUUAACUUUCGGGGAUUGCCUGUUCUCAGCUGGGGAAAGACAGCUAAACUGGCAGGUAAGAGAGAGAGAUGAUACAAGAGUGUGCGGACGGGUCCCUGUGCUGGGUGCUGUGCCCACAGCCCCCAGAGGAGACAGGGCUGCCGGCACCCCUGACCCACCCUGCCUGCUAGCCAAGUGACUUACGGAUUUCUCAGCCUGCUCCUCUAGCCCUGAGUCACCCUGAGCUGCCGCGAUGGGGAGGCAGCACAAGGCGAGUCCUAUCUCAGAGCAAGUAGGGAAGAGACAGAGGGAGCAGGGGAGGCACAAGUUGAUAACUGGGCCUGGCCAGGCUGGGAGAAGAGAGGGGAGCAGGUCUGGAAGACGCCUGUCAAAUGCCUCUGCCACCUUAGGGCUCUUCUGGGGCCCUGGGAGGGAGCUCACUGCAAACGUGCUUUGGCAACAAGUUUUUCCUAGUCUGUUUUUUACAGCUGAGCUGGAAGUGAGGCCUUCUCUAGACAUCGUCUGGUACCUUUGGGCUGCCCAAGCCUGAGACACGGCUUACUCUCCCCAGGAACCAGCCCUUAGCUGUGACGAGAGAAUUGCUGCCAGCAUCUGCUCACAGUGGAGGCAAGCAGAGCCUCUCUGAGCUAGCUACAGCCCUGCCUUUGCCCCUGCUCCCCUCCCCAAGGGUCCCGGAGCUGGAUCUAGGCAGGCUGGUGGGGAGGGGGCUCCCUUAUGGGAGCGUGACGCCAAGGUCUCCUCUGCACUGUCACCCUGUCUUCCCCAGGGAACAUCUGGAGGCCCCAAUCCUUCCUCAUGGCACACAUUGCGGUACCUGGCCCUGGGUGGGCUCAGCAGCCUUCCUCCAGCACAGUCUUCCUCCAGUCCCACCGUGCAGCUGGAAGAAACCCAUGUGCCCCCUCUCUUCUCCCUCCUCCCUUUCAACAUUAUCCUGUCUCCAUUUAAGGGCAGAAAAGGGCCUAAGGGCAGCCCAGCUCUUGGCCACCCAGGAUGUUCCCAGGGGUCAGCGAGAGUGUGGAGACGGACACCAAGCAACAGCCCACAUCUGCCAGCCCAGGCCUUCUCCAAUGCCCCACAGGACCCCGAGGAGCCAGUGGGCCUGCUGCUCUGGUCUCCCUGAAACCUGGCGGCUCCUGGCAAGGAGCAGCCCAGUCAGCCAUGGGGAGAGAGACCGGAGGGCUGGCCCUGCUGCACCCUCCCCCAGGGAAGGGCACGGGGGCAGGGGAAGGUGCAGGCAGGAGCAUCCGGGUCCAUGGGGUGAACCUCAGCCCUGCUGAGCUAUCCGUGCAGCUGCUCCCCACUCCUUGCUCUUCUCCAAACACCGUGAGCUGCUUCUUACCCCAUGCCCAUCCCUGCCUGCUUGCUUGCUGUCUAGUGCUGCUGAGGCCAUGUAUAGCUGAGGUCUGGCUGUGCCCAGCUCCCUGGGCUUGCUGGUGAGCGCCGGGGCAGGCACAGAGCCCAGCCGGCAGAGCGCGGAUGCGUCUCAAAUCUCAUUUUUUUUGUGAGCAUUUGUAGUUGUUUCCACAGCUUGUCGUAAAAGAAAUUCUGUUAAGGGGGGGAAAAAAUGAACCCUACAAAAAGCAACAACAAAAAAACUUAUUCUCCAGGAGUGUUCCUCUCUCUGCACAAUAAAGCCCUGGGUUGUGUGUCGGA